CAAUCCUCCCCUGACUGUCUGGGCUGGGAUGCUCAGGGGAGGUCCCCAACAGUCAGGGAGAGUCAGUGAUCCAGCAGCACCUGCACCAUGAGUGCCUCUGUGCUGAGUGUCACCAGAACCCUGGGCAGUGUCUCUGGGCUCCUGCAAGUGGCCUCCGUGCUAGGGCUGGUUCUGCUGCUGCUCAAGGCAGCACAGCUGUACCUGCACAGGCGGUGGCUGCUCAGAGCAGUCCAGGAGUUCCCGUCCCCUCCUUCCCACUGGCUCUUUGGGCACAUGCAUGAGCUCCAAAAUGGUCAGGAGCUACAAGAGCUUCAGAAAAGGGCAGAGAAAUAUCCAUGCGCCAGUCCUCGCUGGCUAUGGGGGAGCAGGGUUAGCCUCAUAGUCUAUGACCCAGACUACAUGAAGGUGAUCCUGGGGCGAUCAGACCCAAAGUCCGAUAGUUCCUACAGAUUCAUGGCUCCCUGGAUAGGGUAUGGUUUGCUCCUGUUGAAUGGGCAGACGUGGUUCCAGCACCGGAGAAUGCUGACCCCAGCCUUCCACUAUGACAUCCUGAAGCCCUAUGUGGGGCUCAUGGCCGACUCUGUCCAAGUGAUGCUGGGAAAAUGGGAGGAGCUCCUCAGCCAGAACUCAUCUCUGGAGAUCUUUGGACACAUCUCCAUGAUGACUUUGGACACCCUUAUGAAGUGUGCCUUCAGCUACCAGGACAACCAACAGGCAGAUAGGUACUCCCAGUCCUACCUUCAAGCCAUUCGGGACCUGAACAACCUGGUGCUUUCCCGGGUAAGGAAUGUUUUCUACCAGAAAGACAUCAUCUACAGGCUGACCACUGAAGGCCGCUGGAACCACCGGGCCUGCCAGCUUGCUCAUCAACACACAGACCAAGUGAUCAAGCUGAGAAAGGCUAGGCUGCAAGAGGAGGGAAACCUAGAGAAGGUCAAGAGCAAGAGGCACUUGGACUUCCUGGACAUCCUCCUCUUUGCCCAAAUGGAGAAUGGGAGCAGCUUUUCUGAUAAGGACCUCCGUGCGGAAGUGGACACCUUCAUGUUUGAGGGCCAUGAUACCACAGCCAGUGGCAUCUCCUGGAUCCUCUAUGCUUUGGCCACACAUCCAGAGCAUCAGCAGAAAUGCCGGGAGGAGAUCCAGAGCCUCCUGGGGGACGGUGCCUCCAUUACCUGGGGCCACCUGGACCAGAUGCCCUACACCACCAUGUGCAUCAAGGAGGCACUGCGACUCUAUCCACCAGUUCCAAGUGUUGGCAGAGAGCUCAGCAAGCCCAUCACCUUUCCUGAUGGACGUUCCUUACCCAAAGGGUUCUUGGUGACGCUCUCCUUUUAUGCCCUUCACCAUAACCCAAAGGUGUGGCCAAACCCAGAGGUGUUUGACCCUUCCCGGUUUGCAACAGAUUCCUCUCGCCACAGCCAUGCUUUCCUGCCCUUCUCAGGAGGAUCAAGGAACUGCAUCGGGAAGCAGUUUGCCAUGUACGAGAUGAAGGUGGCAGUGGCCCUGACCCUGCUCCGCUUUGAGCUGGCACCAGAUCCUUUCAGGGUCCCUGUUCCCACUCCAAGAAUUGUGCUGAUGUCCAAGAAUGGGAUCCACCUGCAUCUCAGGAAGCUCCUCUAACUCUUGUGGGGCCAAGGGCGAGCCCCAAGGGCCUCCUGCCUGCCAUCAUGUCUUCCUGUCAGUCUCUCCUGUCUGCUGUCUUCUGCCCACUUCCUGCUUUCACUCUGCCCACUGCCAGCCUCCUGCUCUCCUCCUCUUGUGCAUCAGAGUGUCUGCCCUUCUCCAUCUCACCCUUUCCCAAGAUUUCUACC